GCGCCAGCGCCCGGGAGAUGGAGUCCGGCCCAGCUCGACUCGACGCGCUCCCGGGAGCCCGGGCGUAGCCUCCAUCCUCGGUGUCCGCCGCUUCCCCGCACCGGGAGGUCCCUGUCCGGGCCCCUGCCAGGCCUCGCCCGGGGGCGCGGCCUCCCCUUGCGGCGGCGGGGCAGGGCCGCGGCGGCGGGGGGAGCCAGUCCCUAGCCCCGCCCCCGCUGCGGCCCGGCCGGCGGCCGAGGAGACGGGCAGCGCCGGGGUCUGUACCUGCCUUCGGGUCUUGUUCCCGCAGAACUGCAGGGGGGACUGGCCGGCGUUGUUCAGCUGCACUAGCCCGGCACAGCGCUCCUGGGGACCUCCUCUUCCAAAACAAGUGCCCCGUUCCGUGUGAAUUGCUCCCAUUUUCAGAGCAGUGCCCAUUAAUUCAGAGAAGAGAUUUUCUUAAAACCCUGUGUAGAGUUACAUCAGCACCGUCACCCAGCUAGCCAACGUCCGGAUGCUGAUAAACCCUUGGUCUGGACAUACAUGCUUAAAAUGUAAUGAUGUUCCCGCUGCUCAAGCUCCAGGCAGCACCCUCAGUACGAACGAGGUGGGGGUUUUCACACUUGACUCAGGCAGCUCUUUGCUGAGAGCUGUGUUUGUGCCAGCUCCCGCUCCUAGACAAGGCCACUUGUACCACAAAGAGCAAAUGCUCUGGGGAGGUUGGGAGCAUGUGGAACCAGGAUGGGGGCUGGAGAGUUUAUGAACUUCACUGCACUGUUUCCUGGUGGCAAGCUCUGUUAACAUGUCCUUUGUCAUGGCACUGACAGCCCUCCGUGCUUCACAAAGCAGCUGGAGAUUCAGUUUUAGAAGGGAGUGUACAGCUGCCAAAAGGAUCCAGCCCGGUCUAGGCAGUUACACCCGUUAGCCUUUGGACUCUUCACACCUUCUGAUUCGCACAUCUGAGCCCACAUCUGCUCUGUCACCAGGACAGCCCAGGUGGGGAAGACGUCCCUGAUUAUGGCUCUGGUGGGGGAGGAGUUCCCAGAAGAGGUGCCCCCUCGUGCAGAAGAGAUAACAAUCCCAGCUGAUGUCACGCCUGAGAAAGUCCCCACUCACAUCGUGGACUACUCAGAAUUGGAGCAGACAGAGGAGGAGCUUCAGGAAGAGAUUGCAAAGGCCAACGUGGUGUGCGUGGUGUACGAUGUCACCAAAGAAGCCACAAUUGAGAAGAUUCGGACAAAGUGGAUUCCUUUGGUGAAUGGGGGAGUUGAAAAGGGCUCCAGGAUCCCAAUCAUCCUAGUGGGGAACAAGUCUGACCUGCAGCCCGGGAGCUCCAUGGAGAUCAUUCUGCCCAUCAUGAACCAGUUUUCAGAGAUCGAGACCUGUGUGGAGUGUUCUGCCAGGAACUUGAAGAACAUCUCUGAGCUGUUCUACUAUGCCCAGAAAGCUGUGCUGCACCCAACCGCCCCCUUGUAUGAUCCAGAGGAGAAACAGCUGAGACUGGUGUGUGCACGAGCACUCACACGAAUAUUCAACAUCUCAGACCAGGAUAAUAACCAGAUCCUUAGUGACGAUGAGCUCAACUGCUUUCAGAAGUCCUGCUUUGGAAACCCCCUGGCUCCCCAGGCCUUGGAAGACGUGAAGAUGGUUGUGUGGAAGAACACUACAGAUGGGGUACAGGACAACGGCCUGACAUUAAAUGGCUUCCUCUUCCUGAACACACUCUUCAUCCAGAGGGGACGGCACGAGACCACGUGGACCAUCCUGCGACGUUUUGGCUAUGAUGAUGAGCUGGAGCUGAUGGAUGACUAUCUCUACCCACAGUUCCGGGUGCCCCAUGACUGUUCCACUGAGCUGAAUCACUUUGGCUACCAGUUCCUGCAGCGGAUGUUUGAGAAGCACGACAAGGACCGGGAUGGAGCACUCUCACCUGCAGAACUGCAGAGCUUCUUCAGUGUCUUCCCCUAUGUGCCCUGGGGGCGUGAACUCUACAACACGGUAUGCACCACUGAUAAAGGCCUGCUUUCCCUGCAUGGAUUCCUCUGCCAGUGGACGCUGGUGGCCUAUCUGGAUGUCCAUCACUGUCUGGAGUACCUGGGUUACCUGGGCUAUCCCAUCCUCUCUGACCAGGACUCUCAGACACACGCCAUCACAGUUACCCGGGAGAAGAGAAUUGACCUGGAGAAGGGCCAGACCCAGAGGAACGUCUUCCUCUGUAAGGUGAUUGGCCCCAGAGGCACGGGCAAGUCUGCAUUUCUACAGGCCUUCCUGGAGAGAAACCUGCCCACACAGAUGGAGUCCCCGGGAGACCUGUCCUUCCAUGCCAUCAACACAGUACAAGUCAACAGCCAGGAGAAGUAUUUAAUUUUAUAUGAGAUUGACGUGGACACGGAGUUCAUGAAAGCAUCCGAUGCAGCCUGUGACGUUGCCUGCUUAAUGUACAAUGUGAAUGACCCCAAAUCUUUCAACUACUGUGCCAGCAUUUAUAAGCAGCACUACAUGGAUGGACAGAUUCCCUGCGUCUUUGUAGCCUCUAAAUCAGACCUUCCAGAAGUGACUCAGCAGCACGGACUCUCACCGGCUGAGUUUUGCUACAAGCACCGCCUCCCGCCACCAUUCUACUUCACCUGCUGCAGCCAAGGCCCACCCAGCACCGCUGUCUACAGCAAACUGGCCAUGGCUGCCACCUUCCCGCACCUGAAUGACAGUGAGCUGGGAGCAGCUUCCUUCUGGCUCCGGGUUGCCUUGGGAGCCACUAUGACUGCCCUGGUAGGAUUCACACUUUACAAAGUGCUGGUGAAGAGCAAAUAAGGAAGAGGUGGACUUGGGCCCUCCACCUGUGCCUAACUCAAGCACCAGCUUCCUUGCCUGAGAACAAACAUGCGCAGGGGAAAGUGAUCAAACUGGCCCAACCCAGGACCCCAGGGAGAAAAUCCUUCAUUUUCCCAACUAAUUACAGUAUCAGCAACACAGAGCUACAAGCAGGACCAUCUGAACCACAUACCAUCAACCAGCAUAGCCAAGAGCCCUUCUCUCCACAUCCCUGUGUUCCUAGGAGCCAGUGCUCUGCUGUUCUGUGUGACCCCCAACACACUGUGCUGGUAAAGUGGCACGGUCUUCCUUUGCCGUAUCUGGGCUUCACCUGAGCCUGGAGUCCAGCCAUUUUGAGGCUGAGAGGCCACCAAUGUCUCUUUUUAAUGUUGUUUUUAAGACUGACUCGGACUUGAGAUGGCCACAGGGUGCCCUGAGGAAGCUGAACAUUUUUCAGGCAAGAUGGCUUCAGUGAACACUCCCAUCCUGUCUCCAUAUUCACCAAAGGAGCUGAUGUUUUAUAUUGUGGCAUAAUACACAAGGACUUUGUCUACUGGAAUUCUGACUGUCCUGUGGCUGGAGGCACCUUGGCUUCUCAAUCCUUUGGAAUGAAGCUGUUGAACAGGCUUGCAAGUUACCCUUGUCCUCAGGCCUCUACCAGGAAGCAAAGGGCUAAGUGAGUUUAGGAAUUUCCUGCCAUUAGAGAUUGACUUACAGAAGGUGCCAUGCAGAGGGUGAUCUGUAGCUGUUGCAAUUCUCUGUCCUCUGGUAUUUAUUUCCUUACCCUUCCCAUGAAUGUGGGGAGACUUCCUGCAUCCUUGCCCACGUUAGAUGCAGCGUGACCCUGCAGACUGCUGGUACUCAGCAAAGCUGCUCUUCUCAAAGCGUGCCGAGACCUGGGAAUGCUUGUGCCUCCUCCAGCAAUGCUGGCAGGUUUGAGCUAAUGCAGUAACAAAAUAGGCUUUGCACCAUUUCUGCAACCCCUUGCAAGCAAGGAGUAUAAAGCCUUUGGGAGCCUCAGUAGCCCAGCAUCUUGUGUGGCUUUGCAUAGCAGCUGCCACUUGGUCUGCUUCGUGUCGAGCUGCUCUUGUACUGGCUGACAUGCUUGGGUUGCAAACACUGCAGGGAAGCCAGGGCCAGAUUGGAGCUUCCCCAUGGGUUUGCAUUGACUUCUGUGUUCAGUGUUACAGAUUCAGGGCUUUUCAUUUUAAUUCAGGGUGCAUUGGGGUUGCAUUCUGGGUGCAGCCCCUGCCUGCCAGUGCUCCAGAAAGGCUCUGCAAGGUGCCAGCCUCCCUCCUGGGCCCUGCCACUGAUCCUGUGGCAAAUAGGGAUUCCCAGUUGCCGGUUCAGAUCAGCUUGGCAGAGCUACCUGCCGGUAUCAUUUUUUCUAUUGAACCUUUUUGUAGCUAGUCCUGCCCUGCAGGGUACUCAGGAUUCCCAUCAGUUGGCUCUUCCAUCAGCCAGGUCCCUGCCUCUUUCCAUAAGACCAUUUGUUCCCUCUUGUACUUACCAUCCCUGGGUCACCAGUGUUAACAGAUUAACAGACAGCAGUGGAAGUAUGAUAACCUCUAAGGUGAUGGUGUGGUUGGCAAUUCACUGUCUGAUUUUGCUGGAAACUACUGUGCCUGGAGCACUGGCAGAACUGUGGAGCAUCCACUGGGAGAUGCUGUGUGAUGUUAUCGUGUGUUGACCACCAUUUCCUGUGGGAUUUGUGCUCCUGGUACAGAUCUUUGUGAGCUGAAUGUUUUUAGGUAAAUAGCCAGCAUCUGUGCUCCAUCCUCAGCAGCCUUUGGCUGAUCAGCAGCAAUAUUUUGUAUACAAAAUUUUUUACAUGAAGUUUCCUGGCUAAACUGGAAGAUCUUUCCCCUCCCCAGCUUUCUCUGGCACAUGAGUCCAAAAUAGCUGGCAGAAGCAGGGACUGUCCGCCCUUUGUCUCACCUGCUAUGUCUUCAACACCACCUGUGAUCUCAUCCACCCAGCAUGCAUGUCUGGGUUUCUCAAGGACAAGGACACUGUCUUAUCACCAGCCAACCCAGGCUUUCCUUCAUUUUCCAUCUUCCAUGAGGUUUCCACUCCUUGGAAGCCCAUAAAAGCUACUGGUUAAAUAAGUGACACUAGUUCUUCAGCAUUUCAAGCACUCAGGGUAGGCUUGUUUACAGUAUGCUUGUGGGGUGCCCUGCUGCAAUAGCCACCUGUGUUCUUGUAUAUGCAUCUUAUUGUUUAAAAUACCCGAGAGCUGGAGUGCAUGGGUUUAUCUUGCAUUUAGAUCCUUUUAUAUGGAGGGUCCCUUAUGACUGGGCUUCAGGGUCUUCUCUACCUGACUGGCUGAGGUGAGAAUUGAUCUGGAGGAAGCAGCUCUGGUCUCAUCCUGAGCCUGUUCCAGUAGCCACCUGAGGAGGGAGCUGACUCUGAGCUUACAUUGCCACCCGUCCUUUCUGAGCCUGAGUGGUAAAGAAUAUGCAUGUGCUCCUCAAAGGUGCUCCCAAGCUGUCAGCUUGUGUCAAACGCAUGUAUAGACUGCAGCUGGGAUAAUUUUAACCUCUGGAACUGCCUCAAGUUUUUGGAGACCUUGGUUGUAGGCUUAGAAGUUGCCAAGCAGUGGAAGAGGAGCUCUCAAUCAUCUGUUUGAGGAUAGAUCGCAGAAAACUAGGACUGGGAAGGACCUCAGGAGGUUGAUUAACCCAAACCCCUGCUCAAGGCAAGAUCAUCCCUGUCUACAUCAUUCUGGCAGACACAUAGUUGUUUAAGCUCCUUGAAAAAACUUACAGGAUCUCAGAACAGAUGCAUGUCCAGGCCUGUUUGCCCAGCUCAGCAGGUUGCCCCAUUUCCACACCUCUGUUUUGUGUAUCAGAACUCAGAGCUGAGCGGUGGUGCCCUCCUGCUGGCCAUGUGAUGGGGCGCUCAUUAAAGCAAGGCAGAAAUGUCACCUAGGAGAGAGAUCAUUUUUGUUGUAAUAUAGACUCUGGACUGAGACAGGAAGGUUUUCCCAGAGAUCCCUCCUGUCCGGCCCCAGGACAGAUGCAGCUGGUGGUAUUUUAUCAUUCAGGUAGCAGCGCCCAGCUGCCCCUGUCCUCAGGGCAGAUCAGAGCUGUGCUCUGCUCUGGGUUUCCUGGGCAGACUAAACUUGUUACUGUCUGUCAUGCCAUCAGCCAGCAGGUGGCUUGGUACUGAUCAGUGAGCUGAGCUUUCCCUAGAAGCCACCCUCAUGGCAGGGUUGUCCUGGUACUGGUGUAAAGUGGAGGGCUCUGCCUUGGGGAGAUCUUCCCUAGGCAUCUUGUGCCUGGUGAGAGUGAUGUGUCUAUCAUGUCAGGAUCUGUAAGCUUCUGGGUGGAUUACUGCCAGGCCCCCAGUGGCCUCAUCUGCUCUCCUGCAGCAGCCAGGUCCAUGUUGAACAGUCCGUUCCCCUGGCCAUUCCCCACUCCCUGUUUGACUGGUAAGUCUGAUGUCCUCCUGCAAUGGCCAGUGUGGAGUCUGAUGUAGGAGACACUGCUGAGGUGGAGAGCCUGGAAGGUUUCUUCCCUGGACGGUGCUUUCCAACAGCAUUUUAGAUCCUGUAAAGCCAUAUGAUUUUAUCAAAUUAAUUCUGUAAGACAAAAUAAAUGUUUAUGCGCCUUCUG